GUCGUUUUAGAAGAGUUGUAGUAAAUAUGCACUCCGAGGUAUUUUUCAUUCCAACAAAGGUUGAUGCCUUUAAUGAUGCUGGAAAGUUUAGCUGUUUUGGUUAAAAACCAAGGUCAAUGUUGUCAUCAGGACAAUUUUACAAUCCCUGCUCCUGCAAUUUAUAUAUAAGGAAAGUCAAAUUUCCAUAUGAAUUAGAAGAUUAGUAAAUCAGUCGAUCAGGAAUUAAUAUUUCAACGACAGUUGGCAAAAGUAUCAAUUAAUAAAGGAAGGCCUUUUGCAUAGCCCAAAGGCCGAGCUCGAAGUGCAACCAAGAUUUGGUCAUUACGCAAAGCCCAUGAGCAUUAAAUUUGGAGGAGCCGAGUUUAAAAUAAAUGCCACACUCAAAAGAAUCGAAGAGCAAACGGUGCGGCCGCCGGCGGUUUUUUAAGUUUUCCUUUUUCGCGGUUCUUAACAUCAGGUUUCAUCAAAACACUGAAACGAUGACCCGUGUUUAUGUUGGUAACUUGGAUUCCAGAGUUACUGAGAGAGAGCUUGAAGAUGAAUUUCGUGUAUUUGGAGUUAUACGGAGUGUCUGGGUUGCGCGGAGACCGCCUGGUUAUGCCUUCAUUGAUUUUGAUGACCGCAGAGAUGCACAGGAUGCCAUUCGUGAAUUAGAUGGUAAGAAUGGUUGGAGGGUGGAGCUUUCUCACAACUCAAGAGUUGGCAGUGGUGGUGGAGGUGGUCGUGGUCGUGGUCGCUCUGGUGGCUCUGAUUUGAAAUGUUAUGAGUGUGGUGAGCCUGGUCAUUUCGCUCGCGAAUGUCGUACGCGUGGUGGUGCAGGAAGACGACGUAGCCGCAGUCCGCCGAGAUACCGCAGGAGCCCAAGUUAUGGGCGCAGGAGUUACAGUCCUCGUGGGGAUCGGUCCCCUAGGCGACGCAGUUUGUCACCUCGUGGACGCAGCUAUAGUAGGUCACCUCCUUACCAUGGACCUGAGGAGCUACCAUAUACAAAUGGAAAUGGUCUAAGGGAACGGCACCGCAGUAGAAGCUGAUUUUUGAGAGUUUGGGGUUCCCAUGGUAAAAGAGGAUAGGGAGAUUUUGUUGAUCUAGUGUGCUUAGAUUGCAGUAUGAGUUUGUUUAAUCAGGCAAAGCCCUGUGCUUCUGGUCUUACAUUGGAUUAAUUUGAAUUUCCUAGCUUAUGUUCUAUUAUCUGUGCAGCAUACUUGUAGUUAUUUCCUUACAGGUAAAAGUGUCCUUUCAAGGAAAUUGUUUAUCAUGUGUUGAGAAAAGUUCCAUGUCCUUUUUGUGCUGAGGUCUCUUCUGGUACUGCCACAUUGGUUUUAUGCGUCUGCAUUCAAUGGGAUGUAAUUCUUGUCUGCCCUUCUCUUCAAGUUUUGAAUGGUUGGGGGUCCCAGCUGGCUACUUCGCUUCUGUUUCAUUUAAUCUCUCUCGCUCUCCCCACUUGUGAUGUGCGCACCAAAAGCUCUGAACAGUUUCAAUUAAUAUUGGAAAGGGUUGACGGGCUGCAUCAAAUCAAAUACUUCUGGCUGGUACUCAUGUUCUACUGAAGCGGGUUUUGGGCUUCUGCCCCAUGCGAAAAGAAAUCUAAAUGGUUGAGAAAAUCUGGGUUGAAAAUAAAGUUUAGCUGGGAUUCAAGAGUUACAUGCAUAGUAGAUUAAGCAGAAUUACUGUUAUUUUCUGAAGCAUUCAACGCCAUCCAGUCAUUAUUCCCAAAAAAGAAAGAAAGAAAUUAAAGAAGGAACCCCGUCGACCUUUGAUUUUUUGGACUUGUCUUUUGACGUCUAAAAUGCAUAGUUUGGAACUGCAUAGCGAAGCAGCUGUACUGUUCAGGCACAAAGGUCUAACCGUCAGAUAUUGAAGGUUCUCUGCCCCAACCCUCUGAACUACGUGGUCUUGGAUUUGAUUGUUGUGGUUGCCUGACGUUUGGUGACCAGUUGGUAACUAUGCUAAGGUACGAUGAUAUUGCUUGAAGAUCUUUUGCUGAUCAAGAGAGAGGGGCGUCUGUUUGCUUUACUAAUUCCAGUUGUGGUUCUCUGUGGGAUGAUGUUACCGUCAAAAUUUGGUUUUUUGAUUUGAUUCAUCAUGCAUGGGACGCCGCCUGUAAGUUAGGAACUACGACUGGUUUUUCCGUUUGAGAUGAAUGGGACAUUGUUCAGAUUACGCAAUUAACAAUGAUCUGUGAUCUGUUUUCGUCUCAGAUUAUCCCCUUUUUAUUUAUUUCAUUUUGGUGUGAUGUCUUUCCGGUUCUAGAUAUAAAACUUAUUUUAUAGUAUAAAUUUCAUUAUAAAAUAGUUUUUAUAUUUAGAAAUGGAGGAAUAUGUAGAUUUUGAUUCCA